UGUUCGUGUUCAGUGCGUAAAGUGUUAUUGCUGUUGUUGUUGUUGUUGUUCGAAAGCCCGCGCGCUUUAUCGUAUUUGCAACACAUUUGUACAUUGAACGGCCGCAAAGUGGCGGAGAAACGCAAAAGCACACCGUCGUCGUCGCCAACGCCGCCGCCCGCGCAGCAGCGACGCAAAUCGGGCAACACAACGCCGCCAACGCCCAGCACCGACAUCGUCGUAGUCGCCAGUCCAGCGGCAUCACCAACGGCCACCGAUAUGACCACGACCACGACGCCGAGCAACACACAUGCUCCCAGCAUGGAGCGAACGCCUUCCAAGCACAAGGAGCGCGAAAGGGAACGCGAAAGGGAACGGGAAAGGGAACGGGAAAGGGAACGGGAUCGGGUGCGAGAUCAACGCGAGGCAACCAACAGCAGUGGCAACAGCAGCGGACUUGGCAGCGCCGGCAGUUUGCCCGCCUCGCCACAAAGUGCGGCCACCGUUAGUCCGGGCACGCCCACAACGCCCAAGCGUCCAUUGCGCACCUCGACGCCAUCGAUGGAUCAGCAGCAACAGCAACAGCAGCGAGUGGCGAAAGUGAUUGCCAGCACAGCCAGCACGACGGUGCCAACAACAACACCGGGCAGCGGUGCCAGCAAUUUAUCAGCAGCCGAUCAACUCCGCAUUCCAACGGGCGCGGCGGCCUUUAGCGGUUUUCCCGGCCUGCACAGCAUGAGCAGCCUGAUGGUGCCAUCGUCGGCUGCAGUUGCAGCCGCUGCAGCGGCUCCCUUCCUGCCCUGGUCACCCAUACUGCUGCCGCCGUGGAGCCACGCCCUGCUGCCGGCUGCCUUCUAUCCGGCGGCUCUGCGCAACGCGUUGCCCGGCCUCUUUGAUGCCAAGGUGCCAUCGUCGCAACGCUCCGGCUUUCAUAUAUCCGACAUACUCAAUCUGGAUGGCUCAGAGCUGAAGAGCGCUGCCGCCGCGGCUGCCGCAGCCGCUCACCACACAACGCACAGCCAGCACAGCAGCGAACUGGGCAACGAGUCGAGCAACGGCCAUGGCCAUGGGCAUGGUCCAACGCCCACGGCAUUGUCCCCAACACCCAGCACAGCGUUGCCACCGCCCAGCAGCGGCGAUGAACUGGCCACCGCAGCAGCAGCAGCCGCACAUGGUGAUCCGCAUAGCACAGAGCAGACGCAUCAUCAGCAGCAGCAGCAGCAACAUCAAGCGCAGCAUCAGCAGCAGACGCAUCCGCAGGCGCAUCAUCAGCAUCCGCAUUUGCAUCAGCAUCCGCAUACGCAUCCCCAUCCGCAUCAUCAGCAGCCGGUGGCGCCACUGCCGCUGUCCCAUCAUCAAAGCUCGGGCGGCGCUCAGCCGCCGAUGCCACAUGUGGGCGCCCAUGCACAUGCCGCCUCCGCUCAGGCCGCUGCCCAUCUGCUGGCCAGUCACAAUGCAGCGGCCGCCGCUGCUGUUGCCGCCGGACAAUAUCUGCCAAAGAACUUUGCCGGCAGCUUCGAUGAGAUGUCCUCCUAUCAUCACAUGGCCCAAACGAUGCUUUCGCACUCCGGUCGCAGCGCAUGGAUCAAAGAGAACGAGCUCUAUGGCACUCAACAGCCGGCUAGCCCGGACAGCACAUCGCCAGUGACCUCCGAGGUGUCGUACACCUACAUAGGCUCCAAUUGCCAAACGUCGCCCGCACUCUCCGGUGACUACAAGAGCUACAGUCGCUCGGCGGACAGCGAUGCGUUGUCGGUGGGCGAUGCGUUGCACACGUUGCAUGGCGCAGCGGCAGCUGGCGGCACUUCGGCGGCGCAUGCGUUGCACAACAACAACAACAAUAACAACACCAAUAAUAAUAACAAUAAUAACAACCAUAGCCUGAAGCAUGACACGGGUGCGGGCAGCGGCAGCGCCCACGAUGACAGUCUCAACGAGGAUGGCAUCGAGGAGGACAUCGAUGAUGUGGACGAUGCCGAUGGCAGCGGUGGCGGCGGCAUCAAUGCCGAUGGCAUGCCCAACAAGAAGCGCAAGCGACGCGUUCUCUUCACCAAGGCGCAGACCUACGAGCUGGAGCGUCGCUUUCGCCAGCAGCGUUAUCUGAGCGCACCGGAGCGCGAACACUUGGCCAGCCUGAUACAUCUGACGCCCACCCAGGUGAAGAUAUGGUUCCAGAAUCAUCGCUACAAGACGAAGCGCGCCCAGAACGAGAAGGGCUACGAGCAUCCCGGCCUGUUGCACGGCCAUGCCACCCAUCCGCAUCAUCCGUCGGCGUUGCCAUCGCCGCGUCGCGUCGCCGUCCCUGUGCUGGUGCGCAAUGGGAAGCCGUGUCUGGGCGAUGGCAGCAAAUUGUCGCAGGAUUGCGUGAGCACCGCCACCGCCAUGCAGAAUGCGGCUGCCGCCCAUCAUUUGGUCGCGUUGAACGGUGCCGCGGCGUAUCAACAUGCUGCGGCAGCUGCUGCCGCCGGGUUGCAUGCUCAUGCCCAUGCCCAUGCCCAUCCGCAUGCACAGCGCAGCGCUUGGUGGCCCUAAUAUUGUUAGGUGCCUGGAUUCGAGUUGGCUGCGUGGCGUGGACUGGAAAUGGAACUGAAACUGAAACUGAAACUGGGCGUGACUGGUAACUCGAAUACUGGACAAUAAGUACGUGUGUGUGCGUGUAUGUGGAUUGGAUUAGCGGGGCAACAAAAAUUGGUGCAAUAAUUAAUAACAAAAGAUGUCCCCCCGCUCUCUCUCUCUCCUUCUCUCCACUCCCGCUCUCUCUCUCUCUCUCUCUCUCUCUCUCUUUAGAGCAGCUUGUGGCAAGGCCAGGCCAGAGAGAGAGAGAAAGUCGCAAAAAGAAAGGUCGACGAAUUCUUGGCUAAGCUAAAAACAAAUUACAACAAAAAAAAGAAAUCAAAACAACCAAAAAAAAUGUAAAUGCAUGUGCAACAAAUUUGGCAUCGCAACAAAUAUCAUUCAACAAACAAACAAAACAGACAACAACAUUUUUUUUCCUGCGGCUCAAAAGUCGCAGGCCAUUUAAUUAUAAGAACUUUUAAUUUUUUUUUUUUUUUUUUUUUUUUGCACGACAGUCGAUAAUAUUUUUAGAAUUCUAGCUGUAGUUAUCUUUUUUUUGUUUAGCAAUAAAGUAACCUAUGCAUAUUAUUAUUAAUAAUGAUAAUCAAUCGAUUUGUAAAUACGAAAAAUCAAAAAAAAAAAAAAAACAGAUCCUAAAACCAUAUUCAAAAUUACAAUGCAAAUAAAAAUAAUACAAAAAAAAAAACACACACAUAGUAAAUAAUCGUGUAAAUAUAUAUAUAUAUUUAAACAACUAAAUAAUUAGUGUUCAAUUUUUAGGCAGAAUUUAAACUUUUUAUAUAUACAUAUAACUAUUAUGUAGUCGUAUCUAUAACUGUAAAAAUUAUUAAAAACCCCAACUAAUCAAUACUUAUUCAUAGAUAUAUAUAUAUAUAUAUAUAAACUUUUUUUUUUGUAUAGUGCAGAAAUAAAACCCAAAACAAACUCUUUGAAUUUAUAGUGCGUAAUGAGUUCACAGACAAAACAAACAAAAGAAAUUCGACAAAUUAAUUUGUAAUAUACGAAAUUUAAACUAAAAUUGAAUAAUCAAGACAUUUUAGAAAUUUAA